CGCCUGAAUAACUUUUGAAGUCUUCCAUUUUUACAUUCAACAUAUUAUUCAACAAUGAGAAUAUACUGUCUAUUUGAUUCUGAUAACCCAUCGACGACCCUUGGCGGCCACGACGCUCAAGUGUCGGCCCACAUGGAUGUGCACUGCGAUGGCUGCGGCAACAGCAGGCUGGUCCACUAUCGCUACAAGUGCCUGCGGUGCCACGACUAUGACCUUUGCUCCACCUGCAAGGAGAAUGGUGUCUCAAACGGGCUGCACGAUCUCACCCAUCCGCUCCAGUGCCUAAUGGAUCGUGCCGCCCUUGAGCUGCACUUCGCCGGGGAGCCGAUUCCGACCUUGUGCGCCGAUAGCUUCACGUGCCCCGUGUGCGGCGAAAUGGGUCUGUCUGUCGAAGACCUGAAGGAGCACUGUAAGGAACAGCAUCGCUUGUCGCGCACUGUUGUUAUUUGCCCGGUGUGCGCAGCUGUGCCAUUAUCGCAUCCGAUUCGCAUCGCUCAUAUUGCCAGUCACUUGAUCUUCUUGCAUUCGUCCAACGGUCAGCAUGAUCCGGAGGCCGCUGCCAGUGGUGGUGGCUUCGAUUGGUCCCAGGACUUGGCCAUGGGCUCUCAGGACUUUGCCAUGGGCUCUCAGGACUUGGCCAUGGGCUUUGCCACUGGAGAAGCCACUGGAGAUGGCACUGGCAUUGGUAUAGUCACCCAACACACUUUUCCCACCGCCCAAGCUCCUCAGGUGCGCUUCCUUCUGCCCAGAAACACGGCCCCAUUUGCCGAAUCCGAGGAUCUCAGCGAUAGUGAGAGCUUGGACCUAUAAAUCCGAUGGCAUCAGAACGAAGAUCAGAAGCGCUCUACAUUUUGUGUAGGCAGCUUUUGGCCACACACUCGCACGCACACUCACACA